UAUGAUCACUUCAACGUUUUUUCCCUCUUUCUUAAAUGCUCAGCUCCAGUUGACAGUCCAGCUGCUCCUCAUGAUCACACAGAGAUCAGCCUCAGACUGAAGAAAAAAUUAAAACUGGACUACGAUCGGAUAUUGGUUGGUAAUUCUCAAACAGGUCACCGAGAAUACCUGAAAGAUUUAUAUACUGAUGUAUAUGUGGUGGAGAAUGAGACCGGAGGAAGAGUGAAUGAUCAUGAGGUGAUACAGAUUGAAUCAAAUCACAACCGACUGACUUCCAAGGAGACGCCAAUCAAGUGUAAUGACAUGUUUAAAGUUCAGUGUAUCACAGGUCGACAAAACAGAAGAGUGCUGACAGUGGGGAUUGCAGGAGUGGGAAAAACUGUCUCUGUCAAUAAAUUCAUCCUUGACUGGGCUGAAGGAACAGAAAAUCAGGAUAUAAUCUUCAUAUUUCCACUUCCGUUUCGUAGACUGAAUUUGAUUAAAGAAGAGUUCAGUCUCAUAGGACUGCUUAACAAAUACUUCUUUAGUAGUCCUGAAGAACUGUCCUCUCUUCCUAAAGGUGACGGUAAGGUCAUGUUCAUCUUUGAUGGGCUGGAUGAAUGUCGCUUCCCUUUGAGCUUUAAAGAGUAUGACAGCUUUACAGAUGUUCGUCAAAAAACAACAGUGAGUGUCAUUAUAACAAAUCUUAUCAAGAUGCAUCUGGUUCCCUCUGCUCUCAUCUGGAUCACAACCAGACCAGCAGCAGCCGGUCUGAUACCCCGAGACUACAUUGAUCAGGUAACAGAGGUGCGAGGAUUCAACAAUGACCAGAAAGAGCAAUACUUCAACAACCACAGCAGUGCUGGAAACAUCAUCCAUCACAUCAGAAAAUCCAGGAGUCUGUACAUCAUGUGCCACAUCCCCGUCUUCUGCUGGAUCUCUCUCACUGUUAUUCAGGAUUUGCUGGCUGAAGAGAACAAUGACAAAAUACCCACAACUCUCACAGGGAUGUACAUAAACUUCUUACUUACUCAGCAACAACAAAUGGAAAGAAAAUACUGGGAUUAUCCUGAACCUAAAGGCAAUGUCAGGUCUUUUGAACAGAUUAUUCUGAAGCUUGGGAAACUGGCGUUUCAACAGCUACAGAAAGAAAAUCUGAUUUUCUACAAAGAAGAUCUUGAGGAGUGUGGACUAGAUGUCAGUGAAGCAUCAGUGUACACUGGGUUAUGCACUCAGAUGUUUCAGGAGGAAAAAGUUCCUAAAAGAAAUGUUUACAGCUUUGUACAUCUCAGCAUCCAGGAAUUCCUUGCUGCUCUCUAUGUGUUUUUGGUUAACAAAGACAGGAAAGCAAACCCAUUUCUUGAAUCCUGGAAAAAGAAACUGUCAUGGAAAGUGUCCAAAAAGCCACUGUUUAAACUUCAUAAGACUGCAGUCAAGAAGGCUUUACAAAGCAAGAACGGACACCUGGACCUUUUCCUUCGGUUCCUCCUGGGUCUCUCACUGGAGUCCAAUCAGAGUUACCUGAAGGAGAUAGUACCAGGAUUGGAGCUCAAAACAGAGAAUGUCAAAGACACUGCUGACUAUAUCAAACAGACAAUAGAGAAGCAGGAAUCAGUAGAGAGAACCAUCAAUCUCUUCCACUGUCUGAGUGAACUGAAAGAUGACUUUGUGGAGGAAAUCCAGAAGAAUCUGAGCUCAGGAAAUCUUUCAGCACAGAAUCUCUCCUCUGCUCAGUGGUCUGCUCUGGUGUUUGUGCUCCAGAUGUCAGAAGAGACUCAAGAGAAGUUCGAACUUCAGAAAUACAGAAGCUCUGAUGAAGCAGUGAUAAGACUGCUGCCAGUGAUCAAAAACACCAGCAGAGCACUGCUACAGUUUUGUAAUCUCACAGUUCAGUGUUGUGAGAGUUUGUCUUCAGUUCUACAAUCCUUAAACUCAGUCCUGAGAGAGCUGGACCUGAGUAAUAAUGACCUGCAGGAUACAGGGGUAAAGCUUCUUUCUGCUGGACUGAAGAGUCCCAACUGUAUGCUGGAGAUACUAAGAUUUUCCUUGCGUAAUCUCACUGCCCAGUCUUGUGAGAUUUUGUCAUCAGUUUUACAAUCAUCAAACUCAGUCCUGAGAGAACUGGACCUGAGUAACAAUGACCUGAAGGAUUCUGGAGUGAAGCUUCUCUCUGAUGGACUGAAGAGUCCAAACUGUCAGCUGAAGAUACUGAGAUUGUCUGGCUGUAUGGUGACAGAGGAAGGAUGUGGUUAUUUGUCUUCAGCUCUGAGUUCAAACCCCUCACACCUGAGAGAGCUGGAUCUGAGCUACAAUCACCCAGGAGAUUCAGGAGUCAAGCUGCUCUCUGAAAAACUGGACCCAAAAUGCACACUGGACAAACUCAACAUGAACAGGACUUUUAUUUUGGUGGGGCGACAUGACAUCAUAAGUCUGCGCCACACUCCUGCAUCUGAGACUCUGCUGAAGAAAGAAAAACUCCUGCAGAGAUCCACGUGUCGCACUGUUAUAAAGAUGGCGUUUAUUAAAGAGGAGACCGAAGACAUGAAGAUUGAAGAAGCUUUUACUGUCAAACAAGAAGAUACCGAGGAACAAACAGGCCUAUUGGUGCUGAAAGUUGAGAGUCAACAACUGAAUGAAAUUAAAGAGGAACAUUGUGAUUUCGAGACUGGGGAAAGGACUAGAGAAAAGCCUUUCACAUGCCAACAGUGUGGAAAGUGUUUCGCUCGAAAACACAACCUUGCGGUCCACGUGAGAGUUCACACUGGAGAGAAGCCUUACACUUGCAUACAGUGUGGGAAGAGCUUCACUCAGAAGGGAAGCCUUAAACAGCACAUGGAAAUUCACACCGGAGAAAAACCUUUCACUUGCCAGCAGUGUGGCAAAAGCUUCAUUCACAAAGGAAGACUUAAAAACCACAUGGCAGUUCACAUUAGAGACAAGUAUUUUAUCUGCCAACAGUGUGGAAAGACAUUUAUAACAGAACAUUACUUUCGGAGUCACGUGAGAAUGCACGCUGGAGAGAGCCCUUUCAGCUGCCAGCAGUGUGGGAAAGUUUUCCCUCAAAAACAAUGCCUAGAACUCCACUUGAGAGUUCACACUGGAGAGAAGCCUUACACGUGCAUAGAGUGUGGGAAGAGUUUUACACAGAAAUCCAUCCUCGACGUCCACGUGAACAUUCACACCCGAGAGAAAUCCUUUCCCUGCCAACAGUGUGGGAAAAGUUUCACCCGAAAACAAAGUCUUAAAGUCCACAUGAGACUUCACACGGGAGAGAAGCCUUACAUGUGCACUCACUGCGGAAAGAGUUUCACCUAUAAAAGCACCCUUGAUUUCCACUUCCCCAGUCACACUGGAGAGAAGCCGUUUGUGUGCGAUCAGUGUGGAAAAGGCUUCACAACAGCGCUAAGGCUUAAGUGUCACAAGAGCAGUCAUACUGGCCUGAAACUGUUCACAUGUCUUCAGUGUGGAAAGCGUUUCAGUCAUACAAAUAGCCUCCGAGUUCACAUGAGAAUUCACACUGGGAAGAAGCCUUACACCUGCCAACAGUGUGGAAAGAGCUUCACGCAAAAAGGACACCUUAAGACUCACAUGAGGAGAGAAGGAGAGAGAAGGAGUCUUCACACGGGAGAGAAGACGUCAAGAAAACGUUGAUAUAUUUUAAGAUCAAUCAGUGCUAGUUUCUUUCAGUUGAAACCGCUCAGACUUGCAUUUUAGUCUGGGACUAGGCUUAAGCCUCGUCUGUGAAACCAGAGGCCUGUAAUUUAAACUGAAUGGAGGCUUUGUUUCUUUUCAUAUAUUGAUGCAUCAGAAUCAAAAACAUUAUUUAAACUUCUGUCUUGCUGUGAAAUGCCACAAUGUAGCUGAAAAAUAAAAAAUUCAAACUGAAUGAAUGUUGCACUGAAUAGUUUGAUUAAUCUGUAAGUAAGGCAAUGCACAUAGGCUUAUGGUCAGCAAUGGUCUUGCAUUUCAGUUAACUAAUGCAGUUGAAUUGCAGUUUAAAUUGAGCAAUUUCAACUUUUUCUGUAUUUUUAUAUAUAUAUAUAUA